GGCUGGGAGCUCCCGGAGGAGGCGGCGCGGCGCGGGGCGGGGCCGCGGCGUUAAAAGGAGGCGGCUGAAUGACAGCGGCGCUCCCGCGCCUCAGCUCGGCCGAGGAGCGGUGGCGGCCGCCGAGGAGGAGGAGAAGGGAGCGCGGCCGCUGCCCCGGGCCGCCCGCCAUGGAGGGGGCCGCGGAGGCCGAGCGCCGCUGCGAGGCGGCCUUCGCCGAAGCCCGGCGCUGGGUCGAGACGGUUACUGGGAAAAGCUUUGGAACCAAAGACUUUCGAGCAGCUCUAGAAAAUGGAGUCCUGUUGUGUGAUUUGAUUAACAAGAUCAAACCUGGCAUCGUUAAGAAGAUCAAUCGCCUAUCAACUCCAAUAGCUGGCUUGGAUAAUAUAAAUGUUUUUCUGAAAGCUUGCGAAAAUAUUGGACUGAAAGAAGCUCAGCUUUUUCAUCCAGGGGAUCUUCAGGAUUUGUCCAAUCGAGUUACAGUCAAACCAGAGGAGACCGAUAGAAGAGUGAAAAAUGUUCUGAUUACAUUGUACUGGCUUGGGAGAAAAGCACAAAGUAGCCCUCAUUAUAAUGGUCCAUAUCUCAAUCUUAAAGCAUUUGAGAAGUUACUAGGGCAAGCAUUGACUAAGGCACUCGAAGAGUCCAGCCAUCUGAACAGAAGCGGCAGGGAUAGUGGGUACGGUGAUAUUUGGUACAUUGACCGAGGAGAGCCCUUUUCAUCUUCAGCUAGCCAUAAAAGAGACGACUCCUUCGAUAGCUUGGACUCUUUUGGUUCAAGAUCCUCUACAAGCUUUUCAUCAGACAUAACUUUGAAAGGUGGCAGUGAAGGUUGUGAAAGCGACACAGACUCUGAACUGCCUUUCAAAAUGCAUGACUCUCAUAAAGAUGACAGGUCCUACCGCAGGAUUGCUGUGAUUGAACCGAAACCUACUACUGACUUCAAUCGCUUCUUACCCAACAAAAACAAGCAGGCAACAUAUGUGCCAGCACCCUUAAGGAAGAAAAGGACAGAGAAGAAUGAGGACAACAGAAGGAGCUGGGCAAGUCCUGUCUACUCUGAGUCAGAUGGAACAUUUUCAAGUGGCUGUGAAAGGAAUCCUGUAGCUUCCUGCCAAAACAGCAGAGCAGAAUGUGGGCUCACAAAUCCAGCUUCCCUCCAGAUGAUCUAUGACUAUGACAGUGGCUCUGAUUCAGAAGAUGAAAGAAGGCUGCCUGACGUGGUUAUGGAUGACUUAGCAAAACGUAGAUUUCUAAUCCAAAAGAGCCCUGUAAGCUCUGCUGCACCUGGACGUCAUUUCAUGUUGCGCAAUGACUCUCCUAAAUCUUGCUCGCAGGAAAGUUAUCCAGCUACACGUGGUCCGUUAGCUACAAUGCUUGAACCACUGAGUAACCAGAGGAGGCAGAGGCAGUUGGAUACUAAAGUGGAAAACAAGCCAAGAGCUAACAUUCCUUCACAAUUAUCUGGGUGUUUUGAUGAGGACGAAGAAGAAGCAGUAGGCAUCCCAAACAUUGAAAAAGAUGAUCUCUAUUUACGCAAGUUAAGUUCUUCAGCACCAAACACAGUGGUUUCUUUUGACAAAUUUCUUCCUAAGUUUUGGACUCCAGAAGAAGAAUUGCUGUGGAAAAAAAUCAGGAAAUCCUCUUUCAAACCCUGGUAUAAAGAGAUUCAAGGGUUCAGUAGAAAGAAAUCAGAUUCUGAGGAUGUGGAUUUUGCUUAUAAACAGAGCUCUGGUGCUCUUGGUCAUCAACCAAGACCAAGUUUUGAGUGGAACAGCAGUUGCAGAAGGGAUCAAAACUAUAAGCCGACUGCUGAAUAUGUGGGAAAUUCAUUGUCACAGAUUGCAGAAGAAAGGAUCUUGGAGGAUUCUGAUGAGCCCAGUCAGUUUUCAUUACUUCAGGCUCUGCAAAAAUACUCUGACUACUUGUCUUCUGAAGUGAAGACCAAAAUCGAUCCUACUUCUGGGCCUAGGCUCAUAAAAUGUAGAAAGAAUAUUUCCUUUGUACCAGGAGACAAACAAGGCGACAAUGAAAAUGGAUAUCUGUAUCCAGAUUUAGAAAACGAUGACCUGUUUGUUCGGAAAACGGGGGCUUUCCACGUGAAUCAAGUUGUUCUUCAAGACCCUGACUACUUUAAAAAAUUCUCUGAGCAGGAGUCUCCCCUAGAGGGUGAAAUAAUUCUGCAACCUAGAGAAGGCCAACCUGUGAUUCCAGAUUUGGAAAAAGAUGACAUGAUUUUUCGGAAAAUCCUCUCUCAGAAAAAAGAAGUGCCUUUAUCAGGUGCUCCAGACAAAUAUCACCCUGCCCUCUUUCCUGACCCUUGGAGCCUGCCAGAGGACAUCCGGUCCAAAUUUUUGUGUUUACUUGAAAAAAGCACGAUGCCGGAGGAAAGAAAGAGCAAUGGUAAGGUGUUGUCACCGUCUUCUCGACAUAAGAAGGAUGAUAUGUUGACUCGCAAAAUUGAAUCAUGGAAAGUGGGAAGCAACGUACAUCCAGUAAAUUUUAUCCCGGGUCCAUGCAGUGAAGAAGACUGGAAGAAGUGGGAGGCCAUCAGGGAAGCCAGCAAAGUUAGACACAAGAAACGGCAGAUGGUGGAGAGACUGUUUCAAAAGCUUUCUGAUGAGCAAGGGAGUAAAUCUUUGAAUGAUGUCAGUGCAGAUGAAUCGCAGUCAUUGCGCAGGAUUCGUUAUGAAGAGCUACAGAGGAUAAAAAACGAGUUACAAGAACAGGAUCUGAAGUGGCAAGAAGAUCUAGCAAAAUGGAAGAAUCGUAGAAAGAGCUUCACUUCCGAAUUGCAAAGGAAAAAGGAAGAGAGAGAAGAAAUAGAAAGGAGAGCCUCCGAGGUUUCUGAAAGAACUAGCAAGGCACUGGAAGAAAUGCAGGAGGAGAGAGAGAACAGAGAUCAAGGAACCUACAGCCAGCAAAAACUGGAACGCAGAUGGAUGUACUCAUUAAACGAUGAUGUGUUUAGUGAUGAAAAAGCACCUUCUGUGGAGUCUGCAACGAAAGACUACCCUUUUGAAAAAGAUACCUCCUACAGCAAAACUCCAUAUACUGCACAAAGUAGCAAAGAGAAUUUGCAGAAGCCACCAAGCAGUGCAGCAAUUAACACUCAAAUUCCAGCGAAGAGCCUGUCAGAAGAGCAGAGCUCAGCUCUUUUGUCUACUCGCCACUCAGUGAAUAGUCAAACUGGGUCAGCUCGGGUUUCAGCUUCUCUCCCUAGAAGUUACCAGAAAACUGAUACCUCUAGGUUAACAUCUGUGGUUACACCAAGACCUUUUGGUGUCCACUCAAGAGGAAUCUCAUCACUUCCGCGGUCGUUCACGAUGGAUGAUGCCCAGAAAUAUAAUGGAGAAGUAGAAAAAACUAAAAGAGCUCAAACUUUGUUCACUAGCAGUUCAUUUUCACAACCAGUCUCGGCACACCCUCUUUCCACUAUUGCACUUGGAAGCAGAGGUGAGGAGGAGGAGAAAGAAGGUGUUAAGACGACACCUACUCCUAGUUUGACAGUUUCUGUUAAAUUCCAAGACCAAGAUGCUGGAAGCUGUAGUCUUGUAUCAGAUUAUUGUUCUCUUCCUGAUUCUGUUUCACUUGCAUCUUCCGCAGAAAAUGCGAGCCUGCCAGAGCCUGAGGAUUCAAAAACCCAGGAACAGUACAGUGAAAUGAGAAUCAGUAUAAACCAGAGACCUGGCCACAGUCGCAACUUUGGGUUUACAACAAAUUGGACUUCUUCAGGGGCCUUUGUGCAGACGGUUGAAGAAGGUAGCCCUGCAGCACUUGGUCAGCUGCAUGUAGAUGAUGAGAUCGUUGCUAUCAGUGGCACAAAGGUUUCACGUAUGGACUAUAGUCAGUGGCAAGAAGCCAUCGCCAGAGCACUAGAAACUGGAAACCUGGUCAUGGAUGUCAGACGAUAUGGAAAGAAUGAUUGGGGCACAGACCAGCCUUCCCUGCCACAUGUAAGGCAUAAAAUCCUCAAUCUCACCAGUAUGGCUACCAACAUUAUAGGUACAUCUGAAAAUAAAUGGAUUGAUGCAACUUCUGGAGAACAAGUUUCAAACACUUCAGCCGUAUCACCAAAAAGAGAAUUCUCCAGCAGCCUUCAAAGUUCUGAUACAGAAACAAAAUUGAUAAAUGGGAUGCAAGGAGAUCUUGGCUCUAACAAACAAAGAGCAUCUGAACCUAUUUCUUUGAAAAACUUAAAAAGACGGUCACAAUUUUUUGAACAAGGAGGCCCAGGGACUGCAAUGCCUGAUCUCCCAGUCCCAUCCAUUAGUGCUCCUACUCGUCGGGUUUGGGAUCAAGAGGAAGAACGAAAACGACAGGAAAAAUGGCAAAAGGAGCAGGAGCGUUUACUGCAGGAGAAAUACCAACGGGAACAAGAAAAGCUGAGGGAAGAAUGGCUACGAGCUAAGCAGGAAGCAGAAAAAGAGAGCUCCAAGUAUUUAGAUGAGGAGCAGACUGUCCUAACUUUAAACACAAUGUCUGUCCCUGCACGGACUCCAUCAGUGUCCAGUUGGAGGGCAAGCACUGGAACGAAUACUCCCGAUGAUCCAGAAGGAGAUGGAGGAAGUGAGUCAGCAGCACAUUUGCUGCAUGAGGAAGAAAAAGAACAGAGGAGGUUCCAGGAGGAACAGCAGAUCCAGGAAGAAGCAGCCCUCCGCUUUCAGCAAGAAAGGGAGCUCCAGGAACGGGAGCUUGAGAGACAACGUAAAGAGCAGGAACAGCAAUAUGCUGAGGAGCAGAAGCAGCGCGUGGAGAUGGAGGAGCAGAGGUGGCGCACAGAAAGGCAGAGGGAGACACCUCAGUACCAAAGACAUUAUGAGCGCUAUGAAGUAUCUAAAACGAUAGAGGAUCGACCUGGCCAUCCUCUCGUUGACAGGCAUUAUGAGCGUUAUGAAGUUUCUAAAACUGUUGAGGAGCGACCUGAUCAGUCAUUUGCUGACAGGAAUAAGUCCAGGUCAACUUCAGAACUGGAUGAAGUCACAACCAACAGAAAUGGUACUCACAACAAAUAUUCGGAAAGGUCUUGGAACACUAGUGAGUCACAGAAGGGGUCUCAGAAGGAGCAUGGCCUGUCUGCAGCAGAGUUGGAGAGACAACAAAUCCUUCAGGAAAUGAGAAAGAAAACAUCUCUACAUACGGACAGCAGCUGGAUUAGGCAGCGCAGUUCCAGUGUACAUAAGGAGCCUAUUAGUCUGUACAGCAAUAGUAUGAGGAGGGGUGAGUCUUUAGACAAUCUUGAUUCUUCAAGAACAAGCUCAUGGAGACAUCAUUCAUGGAUGAAUCAGUCCGCGUCCUCCUCAUCUCUGUCAUCUAGUCAAGAUUUCAGUCGCCCAGUGUCCACUUCAAACCGAGCCUACAUGCGCACUCCUUCCUCCAGCAAAGCACCUCCUUCAGCCAGCUCUGUCAGAGCCCCAUCUUUGUCCCAGACUGUCCCCCGGGCUCAGUCACCCAUCUCUACUUCCCAGCCAGGGUCCCAGAUGCACAGCAGGUCGGUCAGUGGGAAGAAAAUCUGUUCAUUCUGUAAUAACGUUCUGGGCAAAGGAGCAGCCAUGAUCAUUGAGUCUCUCGGUCUUUGUUAUCAUUUACAUUGCUUUAAGUGUGUUGCCUGUGGAUGCGACCUCGGGGGAUCCCGCUCUGGAGCUGAAGUUAGGAUCCGAAACAACGAGCUCUUCUGCAACAACUGCUAUAUCAGAUUUAAAACUGGACAUCCAACCUCCAUGUGAAGCAAAUGUAGAUAUGAAACCACUGUUGCAGAUAGAAGAAGAAGUGAUUGCUGCUGAUGUAGAUCUAUAAAUAUAUAUAUUGUGUGUAUGUGUGUUUUUUUCUAAGAGUAACUCUUUUGCUUGUCUAGUCUUCAUAGCAAUGCAUUAUAUCCUUCAUAUAACUGUAUUUUUAUUUAUGAGAAAGUAAUUGCAGUAAGGAAAUGUCUGGGGAAAAUGCUUUCGCUUUUCAGCUUUGAGUACUGAAAGAACAAGGGAGAAUAAAUAUAUUUUCAGUAAUAACUUCAAAAUAUUUUUGAGGCUUAUAAUCAACUAGCUGACUUUCCAAUGGUAUAUGAAGAGGGUAUUUUGUUUCUGAGCUCUUGAAAUGAGCGUUAGAGAAAUAGUUAAUAUAAAUAUAUAUUUGCAAUUGCUGUCUUUAUUUUUGACAUAUAUUGAAAGUGAAUUCUCUAGGUUAAUAUGAAGCUGCACUUAAAUGCACACAAUGUGUUUGCUUUUCAUAUGGUGGUUUCUAAAAUUAAGUGCUUUUUGAAACUUAAAUACAAAGUAUAAUCUGUUUGCUCAGUGGUUAUGGCGUAAUAUUCUGUGGAAUCCAUUGGAGGGGAAGAGUUCUUUUUCUUCCCAUUUGAAAAAUACAACUGUCACUUUUUCCUCUACACAUUGAGUGGAGGAUGGUUGUUGAAUUACAGUAUAUUUGUAAAUAAAUUUUCUGAUAGUGCAUUUAUUAGAAGUUUCUUUUCUUUCUAUCGGAAAAAAUAUGUCCAUAAGGUGAUUUGUUGAAAAAAUAAAAUUUGUUUGAAUUUUG